AUUCGCGCCUACGCUUCUUUCAAUAUGGCCUCCGGAGACACAGCACUCUGGCUUCAUAACAAGCUAGGUUCUACGGACGAUUUGUGGUCCGGGAAGACUAUAUGUUCACAGCUUAACGCCGAGCGUUUGCAGAAUAUUCAGGAAUGUUUCCAUGCCCUUCAGCCACAUGUAAAAGUGAAGCUGCUGUUGUCUUUUCUUCAUUUACCCCGGCGUAAUGUCGAGCAAUGGCAGGAAGAUCUGAAUAUUAUCCUGAACAUGGCUGUGAAUGACUCAGAUCCUUGGGUCAGCAUGGUUGGUGAUAUCAUGCGUACUUUUCCUGAGUCCAGUGCACUUAACCUCAGUCUACAUACAUCUAGUGCUACAUUCUCAGAAAUUCUCACAGAUCUAAAAAAGACAGUGAAGAAGUCAGCUGAGGUGCGCAUGUUACCAUUGGAAUGUCAGUUUCUCAAUAAAGCAGCCCUGACUGCAACUGCUGGGCAAAUCCCAUCUUUAGUCCGACACUUUCAAAUCAAACGCAAACCAAAGUCAGCUACUCUUCGAGCAGAGAUUCUUCAGAAAUCUACCGAAGUUGCAAACAACAAAAAGAACAAUGUUCCAAAUAGUGUUCCAAUCAAAGUGAGAAGCUUUGCCAAAAAAAUGGACACAACAACGCCAAUGAAAGGAAUACCGAGCAGAACACCACCCUCAUCUUCCUUCCGGGGCAUGCCAGGGAGCUCCAAUCGUAUUCAGUCACCUUCUGUCACAGUCACUCCAUUAGGAAACACCUGGGUCACCAACAGACCUGGGAUCAAUAGGAAGGAAGGAGGGGUUAAGUUUCUUGACAUAGGAGAACAGCCUGUUGGUGCUAGGGAAGCAAGAAAAAGAAAACGGCAGGCAGAUAUGGAGGCUCUGGAGCAGCAGAAGAAAGAGAAGGAAGCCGCCGCUGCUGCUGCUGCUGCUGCCGCUGCAGCUCCUACUCCCACCACUACGCAGUCUUACACUCCUGAUUAUGCUGCUGGUCUUGUGGCUCCAGCGACGCCAAAAAUGCCAACAGUCCUGGUAACUACUGCUUCACUGUUGGUACAAACACCAACAUAUAUACCCAGUACAGCCAGAAUCCAGACAACUUCCACUACUGCAACAACACUAGGAGGGGUUGGGGCACUUUCAACUCAACAGCAAGCAAGGAAGAACCUUCAGCAGCAGCUUCAGAACACGCUGGGUCAACCAACCACCAUUGUACGCCCAACCCUGUGGCUGCAGGUGCUACCAGUCAGGUCCACAACAGCCCCAACAGUCAUCACAUCAGCAACAGUUGCUACAGUUGUGACUUCUGCCACCACUACCACAGGACAUCCUACCACCAUCAUUGUGCAGGCUGCUCCAAGGUCCCUUAAUCCUCAGCAGCCACCCAAAAUCAUGACUGCACAAGUUCGUUUGCCUGGUGCAGUGAUUCAAGGAACUGGCCAGUCCCCAGCCCUGGCCACCCAAGCUGUUCAGGUGCGACUAGCUGCUCCACCACAGAUAAUUCAGCCUGCAGCACAGCCACAGCCAACCGCAGCAGGAGCUUCUCAAGCUGUCCAGGCCAAGAAGGGCCUCUCGUUAACACGAGAUCAAAUGCUUGAGGCGCAAGAGAUGUUCAAGGUCUCCAACAAAGUUUCUCGCCCUGAGAAAGCCCUUAUUCUUGGCUUCAUGGCUGGUUCACGUGAAAACCCAUGCCCUCAGCAAGGCAAUGUGCUUAACAUCAAACUAAGUGAAGAUGAAGAGGUGGUGGCUCAGGACAAUGGAACACAGAAGAAAAUGGUGGUGGACACAUAUUUCCAAAUGAACUAUGGAACAGGAGAAUGGAAGAGAUUUAAAAAGUACAGAGAAAUCACUGCUUCUUGACAGAAGGAGAUUUAGUACCUGUCAUGUGAUCUUUAUUAUCAGAGGGUUUGCUGACAUCCUGGGGAAUGAACGUUCCAUACCUUGUGGAGUCAAACUAUUGAUGUGCUCUUUAAGCUGAUUCCCUGGAAGAAUGGACAGACAGAAUGAACAGGAGACUUAAUGCAAGGAAGUUGGUGCAUCAUGAAUGUGCAUGCCAGUGUUAGAGAAAAUUCCUUAGUGAUUUUCUAAUGGCCAGCUGACCUGUGUGUCUUAAUGAUAAAUGUUGAAUAGUUGAAAUGGACACUGUAGAAUAAAUGGGAAAGAGGUUGAAGAGCUUGAACGUUUUCUGUUAAGUAACGGAGGUGAGCUUAUUAUAUAAAAUUCCCACACUCUGGGUGAAUAACCUCUCUCUGUUCUUUAUUUUCAAGCCUACAUUCAUCACCAUGAUCAGAAGGUCAAAAGUAGGUAAACAUUCACAGAUACGCCUAAUUAUCAUUAGUUUGGAUCCCAUUAGCUGUAGCUUUGACAACUGAAGCUAAUUAAAUAUUUCUGACAUCAAAAUUUCUAAACUCUUUCUGUACAUAGUGAAGUUUAUAUGUCUGGAACAAUAGUUUUUCACCUAAAUUUGGAGGGAAAGUAACUAGUUCUGGGCUCAGUUUAGUCAUUUGAAUUAAAAAAAAACACUUUGUAAGUCCAUUCAGGAUUUAUUAUACUUAACUUUGUCCUGAACUUAUGACAUCAUUAUCAUGAAAUCAUUGUUCACUCAAGUUAUCAGUUAAAGUAGUAAUUUUGCUGACUGUUGUGCUGAGGAUCAAGGGUACCCCAUGGAGUGAGGACCCAGAUGUAUGCAUGCAAACACACAUUCAAAGACUUGCCAUCUAGUAAUGGAUUGAUAGCAGGCAGCAUCACAAGUGCUUGUAUGGUGCAUGUUUAAUCCCUCUGAGCAUUGCAUACAAGUAUUACAAAGACCAACUAAUAACUGAAGACUGUGAAGACGACAAUGGGUGAAGUUUGUGUUUAUUAUUGCUGCUCUCAGAUAAACAUUAGACCAAGAAACCAUUUUUGGAAAGGAGAAAGUUUGAACUUUGCAAUAAAAGUAAUGAAAAUCGCCUUCCCCGUGCUUCUCUGGCAAAGCCACUAUCGUGGCCUAUCGUGCCUAAAGGGUUAAAGCAUGCUUAUAUUGAUGUUUCCCAUGCUCUAAACUCAUGUAUUUAAGUACAUUAUCAUAACUUGCUGGCGUCGUGCUUUUAUCAAGUGGAUUGUUGAUAGAUGUUAUAAGAAAAAAAAUAUACUAAGGGCAAGUUUUAAUUUUACAUCCGACUUUUUUCCAAGGUUUAGGCAAAGACUGCAAAUAAAAGAGUAAAUGUGAUAGCUAAUUUAUUUUCUUUGUUUGUUUAAUCCAUUUAAUAAUUUUUACAAGUUCCUUUGGGUAUGAUUGUUAUCCUCCCAUGGUGUGGCAUUGACAGUUUCUCGUCCUUACUCUACGAGCUCAGAGCAGUUGAGAAAUAUUUUCAAUAACCUCUGUCUCUAAUGCCACUUUGCUGAUGAGAAUUCCAUAUUUUAAAGAUUUAAAUUCUUAGCAGUGCCUUACUGGAGCUUACAAAUAUUGAAAUAUGAAUCAGUGAAGCUUAAACUUUUCCAACUACUAUAUUUACAUUGCACCUAGAACCUAUACAUUCAUCAAGUAACACAUUACAAUCCAUCAUUGCCAACCAGGAGCUAUUGUGCAGGCAAUGCUGUAGGAAUUCUUGACCACUCCAAGUUGUGUAGUCCUGGUCCACAUCAAAGUAUGCCCACUGGAUGACCUAUUGAGUGAUUAUUACACAAGCAAGCCCUUCAGUAUAACAGUUCAUUUUCAGGAAUAGCCACGGACAGCUUCUCGUGUAAAAUCAUCUUUUUCACUCAAUCUGAACUGCACAAUACACUUAUUUUCAUGAUAAACUUUUGACCAUUUACUUACCUUUGGAAAACAAAUUAUUACACGAUCGUCACUAGAAGUUUGAUUUAUAUGCUGAAACUAGGUAGAAUCAGUAGCCUUCCAUGCAUUGAGGGGCCACCAUACUAGGAUGAGAAUUGUGCACUUUUCUUACUGGAUAUCCUUCGCAUGACAUCAUCAGGUUUGGUGUUGCUUUAGUAAUCAAAUAUAUUGUACACUUUAUUUUCAUUUCCAGCCUUCACCAUAACACUGUAAACAUUACAUUGUUCACAUGAUAUGUCACAAACAACAGGGCACAUCCCUCCCAAACAAACAUUUUGGACUGGAUCUCAAUUUAUGGAGAAAAUUGUCUAAUGGUGAAGAUGUUACUGCAAAACUUCGACAAUACCACAGGACACAGUGUGAUAAUCCCUGAAGAAGCUGUUUUAACUUUAUAUCUACUUUAUAUUUUAAAGUUUUUAGUUUAUGCAUUGUCAAUGUCAGCUGAACUGUUUGCUUAUUUGGGUUUUUUUUUUUUUGGUGGUUUUUUUUUUUUUUUGCCAAUCCAUGAACUCUACAUGCUCCCAUGCAAUGAUUUGAAAGCAAAAGUUAUGUUCUUUCUGUCAAAAAUGUUGAUGCACAAAAUGUAAAUCAUCAAAAAGUUCAUGAAGACAAAUACUACUACAUGUACAUACAAAGGAAAUCUGUAAACUGCAUGUAUACUUUAUUUGAUUUUGGGUUGACAAACUCAUUUAUAAGUGGACUACCUCAAAUUUAAAAAAUUUUAAUAAUUAAGAAAAACUGUAGGUCUCAGCUGUGGUAAGCUAAUUUGCAUCGUGACUAUAUGUAAUUAAGUAAAAUGCAAUAGAUUAAGAAAGCAAAACAGUGCAUUAUUUGUAGCAUCAGUCUUGACCACCAUUUUUGUUACAAAUGCUGAACUAUGAUACUUUUUUAUGGUAAUUUGAACAUCUGUUUUACCAAAUCUUGUAGAAUAAAAAAACUAAUAGUUAAAUUGUCUGAAAUAAAUACAUGCUCAAUAUGUCAGUAGACAUUGUAUUUAAUGCAUGACACAUGAGCACUAGUCACACAGUUUGUGUAAAAUCUUUAACACACCGGACCUUCUAAAUAAACUGCCAUACAUAGAAGAGGUGUGAAAUGUAGAACACAUAUCGUAACAUAAUUUUGCCAAACACACUACUUUAUCCUCUAAACUUGAGAAAUAUUGAUGUUUUAACAGUUCUGAAAAAAUGUACCUUUCAAAAUAUGUAACAAUUUACCCUCUGCAGCUGGUAACCAACAUUUGAAAAAUAAAGUACACAGUUUAUAAUAUGCAGAUUUACUUUUUAUUUCAUGAAAACAUUGAAUCCAAAAGUAGGUUUCAGAUAGACUAAUUUUGCUAUCUGUCAGCUAUGUAUCACAUAAAAAGCAACUUUGCUGUGCAACACAAAUACUUUUUAGUAUAAAAAGUUCAUUACUUUCAUAUUUACUUAAUUUGUCCAUUGUUUCAUUAAUGUACACUGAUAGUGGCCAAAAGUCCACAGCAAUGUUUCUCACCUAACAUUUGUCCUCUCUGAAUUUACAUUCAUUUACAAAUUACAGAAGCCCCCCACUCCCCCCCCCCAAAAAAAAAUAAAAAAAGAAGAAAAGUUUGGAAUCUUUGAAGUGGUAUCUAAUCCUUGGGAUGGUGUCCCUCAGGGCAGCUUACCUCACCUACUCUCUUCAACAUUAAAAUGUAUUUGAUUUUAAAGGAUCUAGGUUUGAAAGUUUUGUUAUGUGUGGAUGAUUUCACAGUCUGCAUUUGCGACAGAUUU